GAAAAUCUCACAGAGACCAACGCAGGGACAGCAGCUUGCCAUAGCUUGGGAGAGCCAAACAGGGCGAGAUGUCUGAGGAAGACGCACCAGUCCCGGAGGCUCCAGUAGAGGGCGAUGUGGAGCCCGCAGUCGUGACUCCUUCCAGAGACAGCCGCAAGUUGGACUGCAUUAUCUGCUACAGCGCCUACAACCUGACCGACCGGCUGCCCCGCAAGCUGUACUGUGGGCACACCUUCUGCCAAGCGUGCCUGCGACGCCUGGACACCAUCAUCAAUGAACAGAUGUGGAUCCCCUGCCCCCAGUGCAGGCAGAACACCCCUCUGCCUCGAGGGGGCGCCAGCGGGCUCGACCUGGACCUGGCCGCCUUCCUGGGCGUGAAGGCUGAAGUGGAUGGUGCGAGGGGCGGAGGCGUAGGGGCCUGGCACGGCGGGCCCGGCGGCCUUGGCAACCACCUGGAGCCCAAGCCAUCCUUUAGCAAGCAGCCAUCGCCACCCAUCGUGGAGCAGCCGCCGUCGGCCUGGGUGCAGGGGGCGCUGGCCGAGCCGCGCUUCCAGCGGAGCCCGUGUUGCCGCCACUGCGUGCUCUGCUGCUGGUGCUGCUGAAUGCGCACGCCGCCAAAAGAAAAGGGACGAGCAUCUGGCUCAGCGGAGACUGCAGGCUGCAUGUGUGAAGGCGCCACACAGGAACUGACAGUUCCUAGGGAGGACCUAAGAAAAGCAACUAAAGCCAGGCUGACACCACAAAAGUUGAUCCUGAUUUUGAAAUUGGGUUGCAUCACAUGCAUAAGGAGAAUCUCCUGAUGUUCUUAUCUCUAAUUUGAAAAUUUGAAAUACUACUACAACACUCAAAAACAAUGGGGCUUGUGACCUUAGUGAAGAACCCUCCCAUUUUCUCAGGCAUGGUGUGGGUCUUUGCCACUGCCACCAGAAAAGUUUCAGCAUUGCUGAAUUUGAGCCACUGUCUGUCAUUACAUAGCUCUGUAACACACCUAUGAGUCUACUGUUUAGUUUAAUAAAUAUGUUUGAGAAAGUUAAUCCAACUACAGACCACAGAUUAAGUAUUUCACUGGUCCAUCAAGUGUGCAGAACACGGGUCCCCCUUGGACUGGGACUUCCCAGUUCAGCCCUGCAUGUGUUGGUAGUCAUCCUCAGGACAGUGCAGUUCCUGCAUGUCAAGCAGGAUUGAGGACAAAGAUGUCUGUGAACUUGAAACUUCCAUGCGCAUGAGUGUGAACUUUGAUGAACUUCAUAAUUAUCAGCUGAUGGACUUUCAUGGUGUUUAGACUUUCUCCUGCCUGCUCUAGGUGUGUUGUACUUACAUGGACGACAUUCAAAGUUAAUACUGUCUCUGCUUCCUACAAGUCUGGGACACUACCAUUCUCUCAGGACUGCUGCUAAGCAAAGGUCCUCGCAAAGGACAUGUGACCCUGCAAGGCGAAACCAGUCGUCUUGCGCACAGUGCUAUUUUGAG